AUGAUCGUGCAGGAGCCAGUGCAGGCAGCCAUAUGGCACUGUUUAAAUCAUUAUGCUUAUCCAGAUGCUAUAUUCCUGGCGGAACGGUUGUGUGCAGAAGUGGACACUGAAGAAAGUUUGUUUCUUUUGGCAACAUGUUACUAUCGCUCUGGUCGGAUUAGGCAAGCUUAUGCCUUAUUAUCGCAGAAGGCGCCUAGUACAGCACAAUGUAGGUUUCUGCUAGCGAAAUGUUGUUACGAUUUGGAAAAGUAUGCGGAAGCAGAGGCUGCGAUAAUCGGCGGAUAUUACAAACAAUUGAAGAAUUUGGAAGAAAUAAUAACUCAGUUCGGAGAACAGGCGUGUUUUUCCCUGCAGAUAAUAGCGAAGAUUUACUACAAAAUGAUGCGUACCGCGAGAGGUAACGAGGCGCACAAGCUGGCUUUAAAAUUGAAUCCCUUCCUCUGGCACUCGUUCGAAGAGCUCUGUAACGUCGGCGAGAAGGUGGAUCCCGCCAAGGUUUUUCAGUUAGACAAACUAGAUUCUUUCGCUAUGUGCCACGGUACCGUGUCCACGCCCAACUCUUUCACUGAACCGGAUCUUAUCGUACCUGGAAAUAACGCCAAUUCACCUAUGUCGAACGGCACUAACAUGACACCCGUGACGACAGUACCAACGCUGAUAAAUGGCGGCCAGGUAUCUCAGGUUCGAUUGUGUUCCACUAUGGAGGAGACCCCACAAAAUGCGCCAAUUCACUAUAGCAACUGUUCCUCGAUAUCGCCGAGGACCAAAGGACUGUCACGUUAUCGCAGCAUGUUCAGCAAUUCUAUGAGUCCGCUCACGCCUAGCUUCGGUAUUUUGCCGUUGGAAAUCAAUACACCUGAGCCGGCAGUUCCACCCUCGCAUACGACCCUCACGGAAGCCAACGACCAAAAGAGCUUGGCGAAACGCGUCAGCAGUCUAAGAGCUCAUGUAGGGCAAUUGAUGUCGAGAAAAGAAACACCGUUGCAACAAGGCAAAUCAGUAUUUUCCCAGUCGGGUAAUACAAGCAAUACUGCCAAUAUUGUGACAGUGACAGCGGCUAAUCCGACUUCACCCUCGUCACCGACGUUUCAGGGUACCAAUGUUAGACGGUCGUCACGACUUUUCAGCCACAAUUCCGUAAAGGAAAACAAUAAGUCACCUAAUAGGAAUAAAUUCGCAACUCCAAAGUCUCCGUCUCGGAAGACGAAAGCGAGACUAGCCAAGGCGAAUUUGAACAAAGCCAACUUUAACGAGUUAAAUGAGAGGAAUAGAAAUGAAAAGGAGAAAAGCGAAACGAUUACGUCGGAAAAAGCUGUGGCUAACGCAAACGCACUCAAUGCCCAAAAUAAUAAUAUUCAUUCUGGGAUAACGUUACAAAAGCAAUCGGCAGAAGGAUUGAUGUCUUUAUUGCGAGAUUUAGGGACGGCGUAUCAGCACUUGAGUCAGUUCAAAUGUACGCAAGCGGUUGAAAUAUUGAGUAUAUUGCCGACACAGCACUAUAACACAGGCUGGGUACUGUCCAUGAUGGCUCGUGCGCAUUUCGAAAUGAUGGAUUAUAAGAAGGCUGCUAGUUAUUUCGCCGAAGUACGACAGUUAGAGCCACAGAGGACAGAAUUGAUGGAGAUUUAUAGCACCGUUCUGUGGCAUCUGCAUGCGGAAGUACAGUUGUCUACACUUGCUCAAGAUCUGGUUUCCCAAGACCGUAAUUCGGCGGCGGCAUGGUGCGCCACGGGCAAUCUCUUCUCGGCGCAAACGGAACACGAAACUGCAAUCAAGUUUUUCCAAAGAGCUAUUCAGGUGGAUCCUAAUUUUCCGUACGCCUAUACGUUACUAGGACACGAAUACGUUUUGACUGAGGAACUAGAUAAAGCAAUUACUGCUUUUCGUAAUGCCAUCAGACUCGACCCCAGACAUUAUAAUGCAUGGUUCGGAUUGGGAACGAUAUUUUCGAAACAGGAACAAUAUAGUUUAGCGGAGUUACACUUUAAACGGGCCUUACAAAUAAAUCCGCAGAAUUCUGCGCUGAUGUGCCACAUAGGUGUCGUGCAACACGCUCUGAAGAAAACCGACCAGGCGUUAAAGACUUUGAACACCGCGCUAGUUAACGAUCCGGAUAAUACUUUGUGCAAAUUUCAUCGCGCAAGCAUAAACUUCUCCAUUGGUCGACAUAUGGAAGCUUUAAGAGAAUUCGAGGAGCUAAAGAACAUUAUACCCAAAGAAUCUCUAGUCUAUUAUUCAAUAGGAAAGGUGCAUAAAAAAUUGGGUAACACCCAUCUUGCGUUAAUGUACUUCAGUUGGGCAACGGAUUUAGAUCCGAAAGGUGUUAAUAGUCAAAUUAAGGAGGCUAUAUUGAGUCCUGGUCAAGGAGAUGACGAUUCCCCGCCGACACAAUCAGAUGAACAGCAAGCACAAAGUAAUUCAAUGGAACAAGAUGUCGAAACCAGUAGAGAAGGAAGUGCCGCGCCACUUGCCGGAAACGUCUCGGUCGAGCCACAUGCCGACGACAGCGACGAUAGUUUAUGAAAACGAUAUGCGAGAAGACUUCCGUGAGGAAAAAUAUGGAGCGUCGUUAUUCUCGUUGUCAGUCAUUCGAAUCGUUUCUCAUUCGUCGACCUGGUUUCGCUUACAGAAUCACUGAUGCGCGAUCAUUGAUUUAAAUUGAACGGUUGUCGAAAUAUCAUCUUUGCAAACUAUUGCGUACCAUUCAUGAUUCGGUUAAAAGGAGUUAUUACAUUAUUAUUUCACAUCAUCAAAUUUUCUUUUUAUCUUGCACGAAUUCCAAGUUCUUAUAUACACGGAUGCGGUGUCCUUGCGAUAAUAGAAGACUCGCGUGUCGUACCCUCUAUCGACUUGUACAUUACGCGCUCGCCUGUGUAUAUUUUUUUACGAUUGCUCGAUCACUUUUUGUAUUUCUUCAUGCGCUCUUCAAUCAUCUUUCUCUCUCUCUCUCUUAUACCUCGUUCCUCGCGAAUUAAAAACCGCUUAAAGUCAAACGUGACUUGGAGACGGAAACGUGAAGCUGAGUUUCACGUUUGGCUUUAAUAAGGCUCGAUUACAAUUAAGAAUAAAAGGAGAAUGGGUGAUUUAAUUCUCGCUCGUGGACGAGGUAUUAGAGAUUUACGGUUGAGUAGGGACUGUAUCAUGUUGCGAAAAGAUGAACGAAUAUAACCGUAAGCAUGUCGUAUAUAGUUAGGUAAUAUAAUUAAUUGUUCGCGAUUAAGGAGGAAGAGUCUUGUGUAAAUGUAAAUUAUUAUUACUGUGUAUUUACCGCUAUUAUUACUAUUACUAUUAGCGCUAUCAUUACCAUUAUUAUUCGUAUGGAUUAUCAUUGUUGAUUUAGUGAUUGUGAAGAUACCGGGCUGGCCGCUCGGCGUCGGAGCGGCCGCUGGACGAUCGUGCAAUUCUCGUCAUGAAGAUCCCUCGAUUUGAUCGAAUAUACGAGUCCGAAACACCGCAACGGCGAUUUCGGUGGUUCAGUAAUCGCGCGAUUACAACAUAUUCGGUUUUCGAUCUCGACUCGAUAUCCGGAAUUUAGCAUAACUCGCCUCGCAAAUGUCUAUAUAUAUAUAGAAAUACUCGUCGGAUUAUAUUCUUAAUAGUGCUGGACAGAAUUUAUGACGUUUACGGCGUCGGUCUUCGUAUCAAUAUUAAGUGUACAAUGCAAACUGUCGCUAUUCCUUGAAUUACGUCGGAUUUCCCGCAACUUAAAUCGCAAUCGUGUUGCAACCGGAGGAGCGGCGUAUAUAAAUAUAUACGUUUAUCUCUAAUUUCGAACGAAUUGAGUUGUGAUCCUCGAGCGCCGAUGGCACCGUCGCGCGUGACUGUAACAUUUUAUAUUGUACACGUAAUUAAACGAAAGACACGUCACGGAAAAAAAAGGAAAAAAAAGUUAUAGACAAAUCGCCGACUGAGAAAUGCGUCUGUGUGGUGCACGCAGAUACGCGUAUAUUCCCCUUGUUUCUUCCGCUCCUUUAUAUCUCUAUAUCCUUUUGCAUAUUAUUUAUUUAUUUAUAUCUUUUCGUACGUGUCCCCUCGCGUUCCGCGUUUCAUCCCGUGCCUUUGAAGGGGAAACGGAAUGGGAACGAGAGAGCGGAGAGCUCUUUCUGCAUAUCCGGCAUAAUAGCGUCUAAUCUCGUUAUUUAUUAACGGCGUCUAAUCGUUUAAUUUAUUGUUUGAUGAGCCUCGUACGUUUAUUAUUACCGAGCGGAAAUGUGGAGUCGCAAACUAUCUUCCAAAGAAUUUAGGAAACCAAUACGCGCGUAAUGUAUGUGAUGUCUCUGGCUCGCCUUUACCCCCAAGCCUCCGCGAUACAGAAACCGAGAAGGUUCGAUCGAAGUCAACAAUCGCUGCCGUGUUACUCGUUACAAAGAGGUGUAUGCGCAAAAUAAAGGCCUGCACUUUUUACGGAA